AUGUCACUCCUGCACACACUCUCACGGUCAGCUCGCCCUUCUUCGUUGCCUCGGACUCACUUUCCCUCAACAGCAACAGGAACAGCAACAGCAGCUGUCAGUCUCGGUCUCAGCUGUCUCUUCUCCAGACACUAUACCUCUGCCGCCUCUGUCUCUGAGGCUAUUAUUCCUCCCCCUACAACCGAGACAGCUACGUCGCUGUACACCUUCAAAGACCUGUCGGAGCAGGAAGUGUUGUUUGUAGAGAUGCGGCACCACAAGGUGUCGUGGAAGGAAAUUGGGGUGUACUAUGGCAAGUCGAGUCUCGAGGCCUUUUAUGAGUACAUCCCUAUUGCGACGAGGGCGUACAAGCACCAGUGGAGAUCGCGGAUGACCUCGGAGGAUGUUGCCGAGCAUCUUCGUCUCCCAGGACAACGGUGCUAG